UUUUAUUUACUUUGCUUUGAUUCUACCUGAUGUUCUUAAAUGGCGUUUUAAUUGCAGCAUAUGAACUGUUUGGACAACUCGCAUGCGAAACAGACGUUUUUAGCAUUUUGUGCCAACUUCGUCGACACCGCCGGCAGAAAGCACGAAACCUUCGAAAUAAGAGCACAAUGUUUUCCGCGCUUUUUAGCACAACCAAACAAGUAACGGGAGGUGAACUUCUCAGGACCACUGGCACACUGAGACCCAGACAUUGGACUUUCAACAGCAGCAGACAUGGCUCAUGCCACCAACCAUGGGAAGCUGCUAUUACAGCGUUUACAUCAGCAGCGGGAGAUGGACUUCCUCUGUGACAUAACUAUAAUGGUGAAAGAUGUGGAGUUCAGAGCUCACCGCAACAUCCUGGCUGCAUUCAGCAAGUACUUUUCCUCCCAGGCUGAAAAAGGUCAAGAUGUCACAACCUUGGACCCUGACAAGGUCAGCCGAUAUGCACUGGAGAAGCUGUUGGAGUUUAUCUACACAGGACAAAUGAACCUUAGCAGCACCAGGCAAGCAGCUGUACGCCGAGCAGCUGUGUUCUUGGGAAUGUCUGAGGCAACAAAGUACCUAGAAGAAACGCCCCACUGGACUGAGCAGAGCAAAACGUCCCAGUCAGAGACCGAUAAAGAAACAGAUAUGUCCCUUCCCAGUCCUGGUUCUCCUGGAAGCCCCAACUCCCCAGUUGCCCUGUCUAUCAUCUCCGUUCCAGCAGACUGCCAUGAAGGGGAGAAGGAUGGCAAAGAACCGGAAGAUGAGAUGAAAAUUUUUGAUUUGGAAGAGGGGUGGAAAGGUGAUGUUGAAGAAGAAGAAGAAGAAGAAUACAUCCCCACAACACCAAAGAGCACUGGACGAGGACAGGGCAAAAAGAGGGGUAGAAGACCAAAGAGCUUCAGUGGCGAGGAAAUGGAACCUGGCAGCUCAGCUGAUGUCAUCGACAAAAUGCAGAGCUACAGAGGUAGGGGGAGAGGCAGAGGAAGAGGCAGUGGGAGAGGAAGAGCUGGUUUCACAAGUGAGGAUCCCUUUUUGGAAGAUUCUGACACAAGCGUCAAAGACUUUGGAGACACUUCAGCAGACUGGAGCCCCUCACAGGGUGAAGAGGCUCCGCCCAAGAAACCGAGACUGAGCAGCGGGGACGGACGCCGAGGGCGAGGUCGGGGAAGAGGGCGAGGCAGAGGGAGAGGUAGGGGGAGACCCAGGAAGAUCCCCAUGGAGGAGGCAGAAGACAGCGGCUCACUGGGGGCUGAAGACGAUGAGGGCGAAGUCGAACCUGGAGAACAAGAUCCAUCUGAAAUGGAUGAGAUGUCGCUGACUUGCACAGAGUGCAACAAACUGUUCAAGGAUGCAAGCAGCCUUCGCAGACACGAGAAAAUCCACAAGGGGCUAAAACCAUUCGUCUGCAUCUUCUGCUCCAAGACCUUCAGACAAGCCACCCAGCUAAAAACACACUUGCGUAUACACACAGGAGAGAAGCCGUUCAGUUGCUCCGACUGUGACAAGUGCUUUGCUCAGAAGUGUCAGCUGGUCGCCCAUCGCCGAAUGCACCACGGAGAGGAGAAGCCGUACACGUGUGAACGCUGCGGUUUCAAGUUUGCUACCUCCUCCAACUACAAAAUACACAUCAGAUUGCACAGUGGCGAGAAACCGUACGUGUGCGACAUCUGCGGUCAGGCGUUCGCCCAGUCCAGCACACUGACGUAUCACAAGCGCCGACACACGGGGGAGAAACCAUACCAGUGUGAUCUGUGCGGCAUGUCCUUCUCCGUCUCCUCCUCACUCAUUGCUCACGCAAGAAAACACACAGGUGAGACUCCGUAUAAAUGUUCGCAGCCGAAAUGUGAUGCAAGUUUUGUGACAUCAUCUGAACUGAAGAAACACAUGCGACGUCUCCACCCAGAGGGGAACAAUGGUGUGCAGUGCCUGCUGUGCGGAAACAGAUUUGCUAGCGUGAAGAACAUGAUCAAACACCAGGAGAAGGCUCAUGCUGAUGAAGUGCGGCAACACAAGGAGAGAGCCAGAGCUGUUGUCUUCCUGGCCUCAAGCCAUCCUGUGGCCUUUGUCCAAAGCAAACUCUCCCAAGAAAGCAAAGGUUUGGUCUCUAUCCUGGAAGGAGAGCCACCCAACCCUGAGCCAGCCACUCCCAACCCCAAGGCCACCGAGGCGGCUGCAGAAGCUGUCACAGCUGACGUCGCCACCACUACUGAUGCUAGCACCGCCACCGAGGCUCCCCCUGGCACCACCGCAGACAUCAUCGAGAGCUUCAAGUCAGAGCCGGUUCACCCCAGCAUCAACGCCUCAGACCAGGUGACCUUUGACGCGGACCAAGAGCAGACGAUCACCCCCGAUACCCUCCACGCUUUGGUGGAGCAGCUGAGGCCGCCGCCCUCCCCCGCUCAGAGCCUGGAGCAGAUCGUCAUCAUCAGGACGGUGGACACCACUGAAAGCAACCCUCCGCAGCAGUGAGGUCGCCGUGGUUACCACACGUACAGUCUGAAGAAAGGAUGGAACUCAUCACACUGGAUUGACUGAAGAUAUGGAAACAUGGUGAAAAGUUCAGUCUGUGAUAAACAUCCAUCACUAAGAUUUCGGUUCAGUCAAUGAUUAUUAACCACUUUUCAUGGGGUUCAGGUCCAGUUGAGGUGGUUUAUGAUAAGAUAAACAUUUAUUAGAUGACUGUGAUGAGAUAUUAUUUUCUGCUUGGCCCAUCAUUAUAUUGGUUGUUGUUUUACUGUUUAAAAAAAAAACAUAAUUAAGCAAAACGAUCUUUUAUCAACCUGCUUCUUUUCUCAGGAGUCAUAAGUUUCUGUGACAAACAGCUCAGCCACAUUUUCCCUUUGAGUCAGUUUGGACCGUGUUUGUUCGAAACGCCAACCAGGAUGGAAAGUUGGUUUGGAGAGCAGGAAACUGAAAUUAAAAGGCAAUAAGACAAAGUAGAACAAUAACACCACUGAUUAUUUUAGGGCUGCAACUUAUGUUAACGCUUUUUUUAAAAUAUUUCCCACUUAUCAAAGUAACUACAGUUAUUGAUCAGGGUUCCUCAAAAUGACUUUUACAACUACAAUGCUACAGAAAAAGCAAAUCUGAGCCUAGGAGCAUGAAAAAAAUAAGUAACGUUGCCUGGACAGAAGCUAAAAGAUAACUUCAGACAUUUUGUUACUUAACACUGCUUUUUAUUACUUUUACUUGAUAAUCCUUGUUAAAUGGCUCAAACACGCUAAAAGCUGGAAAUGUUUUAUAAAUUGCUAAUGUGUCGCUUCACCACUCAGCAUAAUUCCCUGAGCAGCAGAAACCACCUCUGCCCCACACUGUCUGUUGUCCACUGAAGAGGAAGUGAUAUAGUUCUCACUGUUAACGUUCCAAUGACAGAGCAGUGACACGUCUGUGUUAUUGCUGACAUUGUUUUAAAAGCUGAUGUCAUUUGUUGGAGCCUUCAUCACCAUGCAAUAUCAUGAUAUUUAUCCAGGUGUUUGUCUGGUGGCUUUAUGGACGCAGUCUGUUUAAAACCAAGGGAUUUGUUACAGUGUGAUACAGUUUUGUUUUAAGGUAGAACGCUACAUUAGACAACAUUAGUAGCAGUUUGUUCCAUGGGUUUCUUUUUAUCAUUAGAUUUUAUUUGGGUUAAAUGUCUGCAUUACUUGUACAGAAAUGUGAAAUACAUAACAUGUUCACUACUGUAUAAAAACUGUACAACAGAAUAAAGUUUAGGACAGAAGACACGA